AUGACAUCUCCCAUCCUACGAGUUGUUCGCUUCAUCCGAACGUUUAAUUUAAAGGAAAGCUGCAGCAGUCAACCUUACCUUUGGUAUUUUUCUAUUUGCGGUGUAUUUAUAACCUGGGCUAACUACGCACAAUAUAAGCGGCUGAAGCCCAUGUACCCAAACUAUGAUGAAUAUCGCAAAAGUGAAGGUGGUAGAAUGCUGGAGGCGAAGCGCCAAGAAUUCGCUGAUGUGAUACGAUACAACAACAUGGUGAACACGAUGCGCAGUGAUAUGGGGGCUCGCUUGUAA